AUGUGUAAAAUAAGGGUGCUGCCGGGGGCACAAGUAGACGAACUCUAUGAUGGUGCCAAGGGAGGCCACGGCCGGUUCCCUGAUCACCUUCACCGGAGGAGUUGGGACGUGGCCUGUCACUUGCCAAAUCGGGGGUGGGCGUGGGGUGGGCUCAGUGCUCAGUGGCAGCAAAGUUUCGAUCUAGAACUAGGUCGGAAUCCAGAGCUGGGACGGGGCUUCGAGCAAUCGUCGAUUUGA